AUGCAUCUCCCAAGGCACACUAUCGAGUCGCAUGCUGCCAUCCCGCUGUUCCGACACGCAAGCUUCUGUACACCGGAUCCCACGGGUGUCUCUGCAACGUCGGCUUCGAGGGAUGUCACCCCAGGCGGAGAUGCAAGCUCUUGCGCAGAUGCCCUUGCGCAACCAGCUCUCUUCAGCUGCGCCAGCCUGAAUGGCUUCAUGGUCUCUCAGACGGAUCCACUGAAGCUCGUCUGCAAUCGAACUUGGUCCUCGUCGCAGGGUGGUUUAUCUCACGCUGUUCCUGUUCAACAUACUUCCCUCCUCUUUCUCGUCGGUGGCGGAAGAGUCCCUCGCUUUUCGCCCAAUAAGGUCAUUUUGUGGGACGAGGCAGCAGAGUACACCGCCAAGCCCCCAGCCAAUGCAACGCGUGAGGUUGAUUCGGAUGACGACGAUGAUGCUGACUUUGCUGCAUCGCGCCGCGCUUCCACCGUCUUUUCGGCAGGGUCUCAGUUUGAGACAUAUGGCGAGGCGCAUUCGGAGGAUGAUGAAUCAUUCUCACAAACACGAAGCGAUCACGCCAGCUCACACCCAUCCACUCAAGACCUGCGCUUCUCCGCAUCAUCGCUGGUCGAAGCCGUCGAUAUUGAACUUCCUAGCUCCAGCACCGAUUCAGAAGAUCUGGCUCGAAGUGAUGCCAUUCAAAAUGAUCUGGAGCACAGCUUCGUUGCGAGCUCCCUAGGCAUUAGCCGCUUACAAUCCUCGCAUUGUUUGGACGGAACAAAAUCUACCGGCUUGCCAUCUAUGCCGUCAGAGGACACUUGGGCCAAUGCAAACGAUUCAUUCCAACCACACUCGGUCAUGUCGAGCUCUGCCGAUCUCGCAGAUCCUUUCGCGCAGGAGGAAAUCCAUUCGGCCGACGUCAAGCAUCCCAAUGCAGGCCCCUCUCCAUUGACGCGAGCAUCACACUCGAGCAAUCUCAGACUUGCAGGAAAGCCGUCAUCGCUCCAGGAUGAGGCAAAAGCCGCCACGGGUCUCGGAGGCUCCCCUCAAGGCUUAUUUUCGCAUCCGAUGCGCCAGACGAGUGCGGGACUCGUCGAUUCCGUCUCGAGCAUGGCAACAACCGCUACUGACGCUACUGCCAAGGCAGAGCCAAAGAUUCUGCACGGCCGCCCAGUCGCUGAACUCGAAUUUAGCCAGGUCGUCCGCGGAAUCUACGUAACCUCGGUUCAUGCCAAGACGGGCAAGCAGAGAAAGGAGGGCUUGCAUGGGAAAGGUCGUGCCUUGAACGAAAGCGCAAGCACAAGGAAAGCUCGAUCCGAGCAAUUCUGCGUAGUGCUUGUAGUUCUGCUCGAAUCUAAAGCCGUGGUUUUCGAACUGUCUCCGCCGUCCAUAGCUCCAAGCUUGGGUGGCAAUUCUGCGAUCUCGACCUGGAGGAUACAGAAAAGAACAGCUGUUCAGACCUACAAAAAUCCCAAGGGGCUCGGCUCGGUCGCGCCACACUAUGGCGAGUCUGCUGCGACCACUGUUGACCUCGCGAGUGUGAUCGUCGCCAUUCCCGGUCGCCAAAAAGGUCACGUCCAGCUCUUGGACAUUCCGUUGCAGAGCCUUUCAACAGCGGAUACGGGUACGCCUUUGUCGAAUCCAAUGUCUUCGCUUGGUGCUGCCCACAUCAUUGUUGCGCACGAGUCUUCCUUGGCAGCUAUCACGCUCAGCCCCAAUGGUCGCUUCGUUGCUACCGCCUCAUCUAAAGGCACCUUGAUCCGCAUAUGGUCCAAUAAUGUGGUUGCAGGUGUAGAGUCAGGUCUCAAUGGCGGCCGUGCCUCUCUGCGAGGACUCAGAUCGAACGCGCCAGGCAGGACAGGAGUUGGGGCAAGGUUGAUACGCGAACUGCGUCGCGGAACCGAUCCUGCGACCAUCUCUAGUAUUGCCUUCAGCUCAGAUGCCUCCUUGAUUGCUGCUGCCAGUGACAAAGGAACCAUCCACAUCUUCCUGCUUGAUGUCACUUCCAUCAUCACUUCAUCUAAUGCUGGUAGACCUGAGAGGUCUUCGUCCUCGUCCUCCUCGCGGACUGCCAACCUUGGACGAGCUGCGGCGCAGUACCUGCCAUCCAGCAUGGGCAACCUUGCAGGCCAGGUUCCUUCCUCAGUGCUUCCACAGUACCUCAAGUCCGAGUGGAGUGGCGCUCAGUUCCGCAUUCCGCUCAAGAGCUUCGGUUCCUCUUCUCGCCACUACAACGCGCCAUCUGCCACAGAAGAGGGUGGUCUGUAUGGCGAGGGUGCUCGGUCGGCCAAGCCGUUUGGUACCGAAAAGUCGACAGAAGGUGCGUGGGCCCAGAUGCGCAGUCGUAUUAGCGAUCUUCGCAAGGGAGAGGCCAGCGUCGAAGAGAGCAUAUUUCUCUGUUGGAUUCUGGAGGCGCGAUCCUCGUCUACGCGCCUCGCCGUUCCGACCACGAGCCAAGGCGCUGGAGCAGACAAGGAUCGAUCGCUCAAAGACGAGCCGCGCAGCCGCGUCACAUCUUCAAAAUUCGAUCACAACGCCGAAGUGGCCCAAACCGAUCAUCAGCAACACCGUCUCAUCGCGUUGACCACGUCAGGUGGAUGGUAUAAGCUUGCUGUCAGCUUGCCGGAUGUAAAGGCCGAGACGGGUGCGUCAAGCUCCACGGUCCUCGACAUGUACCGCCGGGAUUCCUCUUCACAGUCGAGACGCACCAACGCGCUGCUGUGCGAGUUGGUGGAAUACCGUCCUAUGGCUGCGCUCCUCGACGGCUGGAGGCUGUAG